CAAGAUGGCCGCCUCUGCUUCAACGGCAGGUCAUGUGCCGAGCCCAAUCUAGCCCCCUUGCCCUCACUCUCUAUGAUUACCGGGCGGAAGAGCGCUGUGGCUGCCCGAUAGCUAGCUGCGUCUAUCGACCUCUCUGUGCUGCCAGGCUGCUCGGAUGGCGGCUGUGCGGGGUAUCCGAGUGUCGGUGAAGGCCGGAGGAGGUGGCAGUGGCCAGGAGCCCGAGCCCAUGGAAGUGGAGGAAGGGGAGGUGGAGGCCACAGCGGGCAGCAAGUCGCCCAGGGAGGUGGUGUCGGGCACCAGUAGUAGGCGUUAUGAAAAUAAGGCUGGGACCUUCAUCACAGGGAUUGAUGUAACAUCAAAGGAAGCGAUUGAGAAGAAGGAACAGAGAGCAAAGCGUUUCCACUUCCGUGCAGAGGUCAAUGACAAUCAAAAGGAUGUUGUACUGGAUCGAGAAAUUAUCAGAAAAGCAAUUCCUAAUGUCCGUCUGGAAACCCUUUACGUCUGCGGUGUAGACGACCUGAGCACACAGGAUAUAUUUAGUUUCUUUAAACAGUAUCCUCCUGGUUUCAUUGAAUGGCUUGAUGAUUCCUCUUGUAAUGUGGUUUGGCUCGAUGAAGUGACAUCCACACGUGCUUUGUUGAACCUUAGCGCAAUGCCAAGUGACACAAAGACUAAAACGAAGAAGGAUGUGGAUGUGGAAGCUAGAUCAACAAAAUCCAAAAAAGACAGAUUUGAUGACAGCUCUGGAGAGGAGACUGAAGAAGGGGAAGUGGAUGAAGACAAUGCCAGCGAAGCAGAGGAACAAUCCGAGAAGAAAGCAGUGAGCACGCUGGAUACACUUUCACAGGCAGAAGAGACCUCUUUACUACAAAAUGACCUCCGACCUUCGGCCAAGUUAUUUAAAGGAAAUAAAAUCUACAUGCGUUUUGCAACUGAAGAUGACAAGAAAGAGCUGGGAGCCGCACGAAGGAGCCAGUAUUAUAUGAAGUAUGGAAACCCCAACUAUGGUGGUAUGAAAGGAAUCCUUAGCAACUCCUGGAAGCGGAGGUAUCAUUCCCGUCGCAUACAGCGAGAUGUAAUAAAGAAAAGAACGUUUAUUGGAGAUGAUGACGUUGGGGUGGCUCCAGCAUACAAGCACCUUCAUUCAGGUCUUGUGAAUGUGCCAGAGGAGCCUAUAGAAGAGGAAGAGGAGGAGGAGGAGGAAGAAGAUGAAGAUAUGGAUGAAGAUGAUCGUGUUGUAGUAGAAUAUAGAGAUGAGCUCCAAGCGUUCAAAAGGGAAAGGGAAGGAGCACGUCGCUCAGCAGCCAGCAAUUCAGAUUCCGAUGAGAUGGACUAUGACCUGGAGUUAAAGAUGAUCUCCACACCUUCACCCAAAAAGAGCAUGAAGAUGACCAUGUAUGCAGAUGAAGUAGAGUCCAAACUAAAAAAUAUCAGAAACUCUAUGAGAUCAGAAGGAAACAGCAGUGUGAAAAACCGCAUUGGAAGCAAAUCCCAUUCUGAGAAACCAACCGAUGUGCGACUACUACUGGAAGAGAAGAGGUUAGGUUCAACAAGCAGGCUGCCAAGCAGUGGAACAAAAUCAGAUGUGAGGCAGCGGCUUGGUAAAAGAGCACAUUCCCCUGAGCCUCGUAAACCAGUGUGCAUAGUGCCUGCCCCCCGCAGAGAGCCAGUGUCUGAUGUCCAUAGCCGGCUUGGAAUCCCAAAACAAGUAGAGGGGAAAGGAUUGUAUUCUGACAGCAAGGAGAAAAAAACAGGGGGUUUGUGGAAUCGCUUGGGAACUGCGCCAAAAGAGAAGGAAAAGCCUACUGAGAAGACAGAAAAGGUGACUCUUGCUACAGAAGAGGAUGAUUCUGUACUGCAGCAAGCUUGGGGUGCCAUGAUUAAGGAGAAAGAGCAAAUCAGGCAGAAAAAGAGCCGUCUGGACAGCUUGCCUUCCUUACAGAUUGAAAUCAGUCGGGAGAGCAGUUCUGGCUCAGACACAGACUCCUGAUGACUUAAGACUUCUAACACAUGGGACUAUAGCUUCAAUAGCAUGGCAGCAACUUGAAAACAUGCCGCCUCUGCCUUUCAGAAAACAAUUAUUUUAUACUGCUUAGACACAAGUAGUUGCAGCAGUGUUCUCAACAUGCCUCUACUAAAAUCCAUACGCUGGGAUUACCAGUGAUUAAACAAAUUGUAUUGGUUUAUUA